AUGAUUGAACAUUCAAUCGAUCAACCCUUAAAUAAAUUUAACAUAACAGAAUGUGGAUGGAAGUUUAUUAAAGAUCACAAAACCGAUGAAUUAGCUUUUAAUGUUUAUAAACGAGCAAACCCGAUUGCCAGCAAUACUGAAUUGAGGUUUGAAAGAAAAUGGCGACGGUCUAUGAAUUAUCUUAUGGAGUAUGUCAGAAGUUACUGCAAGUCCGAUGUUUACAUUGCACAGGCGUUCAACUAUGAAGUCGGUGGAAGACAUCCAAAUUCUAGUUUAACUCACAAUGAAGUUUGCAUGCUAAAACAUCUCAUCGACAUAAAUAUCAUCGAAACGAAGUUGUAUAAAAUCGAUGAUGGACGUUAUGCGGAGGAAAACUGCGAAACUUUAUUAGUUGAAUGGAGUGCAACGUUUCCGUAUCAAUUUAAUUCGUUCGAUGUCAAUUUCCCUGAUGAAUUAUUUUCAUUACCAUCGAAAAAUGUUCUCGAAUGUUUACAUCAAAAAAUCAACCAAGAAAAGUUGAAUGAAAAGUUAGCUUCAUACAAAAUGUUGCACACUUUCAACCUAUCACCAACCCAAACUGAAGAAAUUCGAAAUGAUUACAUUAAUGUGUACAAAACGUUGAUAAGCACUAUGUUUGAGUGUUUGGAGAAAUUAUUUUAA